AUGCGUCUCAUUUCUGUCGUCGUGAGCGUCGUUGCUCUUGCUAGUGCUUCCAAACUUGGCAGCUAUCACUCCACAGCUGCAACCCUGCCCAACUGUCCUUCCCGCCCAGCUAGUCCAGCGGAGCAGCGGGCCAUCUUUAACGAUUUCGUCAACGACUUCUAUGUGGAAAAGAACACCACAAAGGCCCUCUUGAAUCAUAUGACGGAGGACUAUAUUCAGCAUAACCCGAACGUCCUUUCCGGCAGGCAAAGCUCUGUCGACUUUCUCGCGACUCUCGUCACGCCUGACGGGGUCAACAUGACUAUCAUCCACAACAACUUCGACAACAAUACCGGCUACAUUCACUACCGCCUGGACACACUUGGUGCUCCGGAGCCAACGGCGAUUGUCGACAUCUUCCGGUUUGAUGGCACGUGUAUCGUGGAGCAUUGGGACGUUAUCCAGGUCCGCCCUUCCAAUGCCACAAAUCCGCUGGCAAUGUGGUAG